AAUGAAACUCUUUAGUUAAUUUGAUCGACUGUCUAAUUAGCAUCACACAUGAGUUUAUGCGUGUGUUCUAGACUCAGAGUGUCCUCAUAAAGGUCUGUAUUAUUGGCGUAUUUUGAUCAAACAUCAGGGAAAUGUCUUGGUGGGCGCGCGGUGAGGAUGAGGAGGAGGCCUUAUGCCAGGACACAGACUCUGAUGUAGCUGACCAGAGAGAUUGUGGGAAGGUGAAAGUCAAGUGGACACAAGAGGAGGAUGAUAAGCUGCGUAAACUGGUGCUGAAUGUUGGAUCAAAUGACUGGAAAUACAUCGCUGGAUUUUUACCUAAUCGAUCGGAGCAUCAGUGUCAGCAUCGCUGGUUCAAAGUUUUAGAUCCUGAUCUUGUCAAAGGACCCUGGACCAAGGAGGAGGACGAGAAGGUGAUCGAGCUGGUGAAGAAGUAUGGCAACAAGCAGUGGGCGAUGGUGGCCAAACACCUGAAGGGGCGUCUGGGGAAGCAGUGCAGAGAACGCUGGCACAACCACCUCAAUCCUGACGUCAAGAAGUCUUCCUGGACCCCGGAUGAAGAUCUGAUCAUCUACAAGGCCCACCGCGUGCUGGGAAACCGCUGGGCGGAGAUCGCAAAACUGCUGCCUGGAAGAACGGACAAUGCUGUGAAAAACCACUGGAACUCCACCAUCAAGCGUAAAGUAGAGACGGGGUUUUACUCUGGUGUGGACACUACACUGCACGUGCUCCAGCAGACGGACACUGAAGAGCUGCUUUCUGAAGAGGUGGAGAUUUCCUGUGAUGGAGCCAGUGAAGAACUGCCUGUCGAAUGCUCAAAACGGGAACCUGAAGAGAAAGCCACUGCUCCUCCACAAAAAGCGUCAUCUCCCAAAACCCCCAAAGCUUCAACGAGCCCUAAAAGUGAAGGCGGAGACUCCAACGUGUCCACGUGGGUGAUGGACAGCUCUGGGUUUCUGUCUCCGUCAGCGGCUCCCACACUGAAGGAGGUGAUGGAGCUGAUGGAUGGGGAUCUGGAGGGCUGGUGUACCAUGUCGGACUUCGACCUGCCGGAGGAGAGCCAGAGCUCGGAGCUCUUGCAGUUUCGUCUGGAGGGCAGUGCACUGCAAGAGCUCAGCAAGGGCAGUAAAGGAGAGCUGAUCCCCAUCUCGCCCGGCGGAGCCACUCCUCCAUCCAUCCUGAGUCGCCGCAGCCGUCGACGCAUCGCCCUCUCGCCAGACCCCAAUGACUCCAUGACCCCAAAGAGCACGCCGGUCAAGAUCCUGCCCUUUUCCCCCUCACAGUUCCUCAACAUGUGGACGAAGCAGGACACGCUGGACCUGGAGAACCCGUCCCUCACCUCCACUCCCGUGUGCAGUCAGAAAGCCGUGGUCACCACACCGCUGCACCGAGACAAAACCCCGCUCACACAGAAGGAAAACUCCCUGUUUAUAACACCAAAUCACAAGUCUGAUCUGGACACGAUGCCUCGUACGCCCACUCCGUUUAAAAACGCCAUGGAGAAAUACGGCCCUUUGCGGCCACUGCCUCCAACCCCAAAUCUGGAGGAGGAUCUUAAAGAAGUGCUGCGCAGUGAAGCAGGAAUCGAGCUGAUCGUAGAAGAUGAAGCUCCUGCUGAGAAGAAACGCAAACAAGUGUAUCGGCCUCCCAUGAAGAAAGUGCGUAAGUCUUUGGCUCUGGAUGUCAUCGACUGCAGUGAAAGUGUUGCUGCACGAAAGCAGCAGAUUAAAGCCACAGUCAAACCCAGUCAGAAGCCUCAGACGGUGCAGCCGGAUCCUCCGGUGUCCUCAUGUGCUGUAAAGGAGGAGAAUGUUCUGGAUCAAGGCUUUAUUCUGGGUCCUAAUGAAAGUGGACCUGCCUCUAAACCAGUGCUGGCAACACCCAAAACUAUCUCUCCACUGCCUAUGUCUGCGGCGUGGGAAACUGUUGUCUGCGGACGGACGAAAGAUCAGCUCUUCAUGACGGAGAAAGCCAGACGAUACCUUCGCUCUUUAAAAUCUCACACCCCAAACCGAGCCCUCAUCCUGUCCUGAGCCACGUUUUAUUUACAAAACAUAAUGCGUGUAUGGAGGAGGAAAACUAAUUGUAAAUGUUGUGUAGAAUAUGAACCCAAUUACUGUUCCAGAAUAGACACUUUACUGCUAAUGAUGCUCUCGUCCUGUUUCCUGUGGCGCAUCAGCGCAUUCAAACACCCUGUAUAGAGAAGUGCUGAGAUUUUCUCUUAUUUAUCUACUGUCUACAAGCUCCUGACAUGCCAGCAAACAUGUAUUCUGCUCAAGAGUUCGUAAUCAGGUUUCUGUUUUUAUAAUUGAACUCGGAUUGUGUAAGACUCAGCAUGUGAUGUAAACAGGAAAAGGCUGACUGUUUUCCUGGCCUUUGUAAACCUGGUCAUGCUCUUCUGCAAAUAUUAGAGUUUGUAAAACAGCCUGUUGGGCCUCACAUGGGAUGUUUUGAGGACUUAAAAGGACAGUUCACCCCAAAGAAAUGAAAAUGUAGUCAUCAUCGACUUGUUUCAAACUUGUUUAAGCAUCUUUGUUCUGUUAAACACUAAAUAUUAUAAAUGUUUUAAAUGUUGGAAACCUGUAACCAUUGACUUCCAUUGUAUUUGUAUUAUUCCUUCUAUGAAAGUCAAUGGUUACCGGUUUUCAGCAUGCAUCAAACACAUAUUAGUGUUUAAGAGAAUAAAGACACUCAUAAAUAUGAAUCUGGUAAAUGAUUUGUAUUUUUAGAGAUGACGUUUCUCUUUAAUUGAUAAUGUACAGAAGCUGUUACUUUAAUUUCUUUAAGUAGAAAUGCUAUAAAAGAUGGAUAGAUGUCUGUUGUCUUAAUGGCAACACUGGAAAUGAGCACCAGCCCUCCAGGACUGAGUUUGACACCCUUGCCUUAUAGCCCUGCUGAAAAAAUCAGCUUAAACUAACCUAGGCUGGCUUUAGUUGUUCGACCAGCCUGAUUUUAGAGGGGUUCCAGCUAUUUCCAGCCUGCUUUUAGCGCGUCAGGCUGGGAGAUGACCAGCUUAAACCAGCUUGACCAGCCUAGACACGCUGGAAGCCCAGCCAAAAUCAGCUACGUCCAGCUUAAAGCAGGCUGAUCAAGCUGGUUUUAGCUGGUGAUUUUACAGCCUGACCUGCUAAGACCAGGGUGAAAAUGACCAUACCCCCUCUAAUACCAGGCUGAGCUAGUUUAAGCUGUUUGUUUCAGCACGUGUAAUUCACAGAGACGUCUACUUGUUGUGUGUGUUUACAUCUGGAAGACGUCUCAUGUAGACGUUAAGUAGAUGUGUAGAGAAUGUCUUUAAGAUGUCGAUGAUUCAUAAUGUUUGUUAAAUAGACCUUUUAAUGACCUUUACCAGAUGUUUGUACACAUCAGAUGAUCCACACAGACUAAACAAUCUUUAAAAUAUGACUUGCAGACGAAUAUGUGCUAUCUGGCUCAAACUAAUGUCCAAAUAUCAGGAAAGAAAAUAGCUGAUGAACUUCGUAAACAGAAAUGGGAACAGUUGUGUGUAGUUUUCAUAAUAUAACUGUUCAGAGAUCAGUCAGGAUCAGUGCUCAACAUGUUUUCACCAUGCUUGCGUACAUUUCCAUGCUAACAGAUUUGCUCCUGUUGUAUUAUCAUUGUUCAGCUUGGGAAUACUUCAUUAAGAUUCAUGUUUUGUUCUUUGUGCUUUGUCUGUUUGCUUAUUCUGACAUUUCUACUGUCCACCAGUGGAGAAUCACUGCUGUAAAAUAAACCCUGGUUAUCAUU